UAGUCUCGUUCUGUCGUCCGCGUAGUCGCACAACGGCAGUCGUACACGUUCAACGCUCGUACCGCACGUACACGCGCGCCAUCACGGUCUCAGUUUAUUAAAAAUUCUCGCGCGUGUGUGUCCUUACGCCGCCGCCGCAGCCGUGUGUUUCUCGUCGCGCCACACACAUGACACCGUUUGUCCGUGCGUUGAUCGCGUGUUCGUCGUCGUCGUCGCCGCAUUCGUCGUAGUGGUUUUUUCCGAGUUUACCUUUACGCGAUAAUAAUUACGCGUAUUAGGUAUUUUAUUUUAUUUUUUCGUUUUUUCUUUUUGUCUUUUUAAAAGGAUUUUCGUUCAAUUUUUGGUGUGCUCCUUGCGUGAAUGACACUGGUCUGACCAGGUCGUGCAGUAGCCGACGACAUCGCACCGCCGCCGCACCACCACCGGCUCCGCGGGUGGACUCUGUCACGCGAGCACUUCGCCCGCGUUCUUCACCACGCACGGUAAAUAUCCGACGAUAAUUGACAAUAAUCCGUACCCGCAGUCGCGUCGCCGAUUGCAAACUACCGCAGCGAUAAAUAAAAUGCUAAUGGACGCCGAAAUAAAAAACUGUUCCGGCCUGUUGGCGGGAGGAGUGCACCACGCUUCCGCGCACAUGGGCCACACUUACGGUAACCUCAACCAGAUGGGCAUGUUGGCCGGUAUCGGGUCCUCGGGCGUCGUACUCGGGGGACCACAGAGUGGUGGACAACAGCCGCUGUCCUCGCCGCCGCCGUCGCAACAGCAACAACAGCAACAGUCCGCACUGCACCAACAGCAACAGCAGCAACAGCAGCAACAGCAGCAACAACAGCAACAACAGCAACAGCAACAGCAACAACAGCAGCAACAGCAGCAUCAUCAACACAUGCAGGCCGCGCACCACCAUCACCAGGUGGUUGGCGGGCACGUCGUCGGCGGUCAGCUGCAGCUGCCUUCGCCGAACAACAAUAACUCGUCAUCGGCCAACAAGAACCAAAAUGUGGACCGCGUCAAACGGCCAAUGAACGCGUUUAUGGUGUGGUCCCGUGGACAGCGCCGCAAGAUGGCCCAGGAAAACCCGAAGAUGCACAACUCGGAGAUCAGCAAGCGGCUGGGUAGCGAGUGGAAAAUGCUGACCGAGACGGAGAAACGGCCUUUCAUCGACGAGGCCAAGCGAUUGCGCGCCGUGCACAUGAAGGAGCACCCGGACUACAAGUACCGACCAAGGCGCAAGACAAAGACUUUGAUGAAGAAGGAAAAGUACCCAUUACCAGGCGGUGGUGGCCCACUGUCUUUAGGAGGUGCCGGCGGACAGCCGUGUGACAACUCUGUAGGCGGCCGGAACGCCGUCUCCCAGGUAUCGGGCGUUACACAGCAGCAGCUCAACAGCAGCCGGGAGCUGUACCACCAGAUGAACGGUUACAUGCCCAACGGCGGAUUCGGCAUGCACCACGACCCGAAUCCGUAUGCGCAACAGCCGUCGUACGCGUCUCACAUGGCCGCUGCAUCACAGGCCGCAGGUUACCGGUACGACAUGCCGCAGAUGAACAACAACGCGGCCGCGGCUGCGUCCAUGCACUACUUGAACGGCAGCUACAACCUGUACUCGGACAUGAACCAGUACCAGCAGGGGCCGCCGUCCACGUCUCACAGCCCGGACAGCAUUAAGUCUGAGAGGAUCUCGCCACCCGUUCAAUCGGGUGGACACUCGCCCAGUCCAAGACUGUGCCAGCAACAGCAGUUGCACCAGCAGCAACAGCAACAGCAGCAGCAACAACAGCAGCAACAGCUUGGAGGCAAUGAUCUGCUACGCAUGUAUAUGCCGCUCGAGUCCAGGCUGUCGGCGGCUGCCCAGGGACACCAACAGCCCGGUGGCCACAGCCACCCAUAUCUGACGCACAGCCAGCAACAGAACCUCGUGCAGCAGUCCCACCCGCACUCCAUGUCGCCCGAUCUCCAGAUGGGCCACUUGGGCCACCACAUGUAAGCGACGUCGAUCAACCAGCCGACGAGCCGCCGCAGCAGCUUCCUCCUCAUCGCUGUCGGCACCAUUCUCCUCAACGUCCAAGAGCGCCGACCUCACGGACAGCCGACGAUGGACAGCGCAGCGCGCUCAACGCGUGUCAUGUAAGCCAUAUAUAAAAAAAACAAAACAAAAAAAAUUCAAAAAAAUUAUUAAUACUUAUUAUAUACAUUUAAACUGCGCAAACGGCGGGCAAACUUUGGUCUUGUUCCGCGAUCAUUUUCCCGCCGUUGGAGAUUUUUUUUAUAAAUAACAUUGUCAAAAUAACGAUUAACAAAACUUUUAAGUGUUAUACAUGCACAAGUUGCGAGUAGUAGAUUUCUCAAUGUAAUGACGAUUAUUUUUUUCCUAAAUUUUUUUUUAAAUUUAUUAUUUUGAUUAAUUUUCAAUUUGUUUUCAAAAAACGUAAACACGUGUCGGCCGUGUGAACCAUUUAUCAAUAAAAAAAAACCAUGUCGUCGGAAUUUGUAAAAAAAUAUGAAAAAAUAACUCCGCUUAACGAAAAAAAAAAACUAAAAACCGAUAAAAUUUUCGUCUAGUCUCCUGUGUAAUAAAUGAUAAUAAUUUUCCGUUAUUGUUGUUAUGUGCGACGACUUGUCGAAAAUCAACGUGCAUAAUAUAAUAUAUGUGUGUUGCGGUAUAAUAUUACGCGUGAUUCCUCCCCAUCACCGCCUGCCGCGGCUACAAUUUUAAUUCGAACGCACACAAAACGACUCUUUUAUGUAUCUAUACAUUUGCUUUGUACAUAAAAGUGUAUUUUUUUUCUUGACGAAAAGAAAACAAUUUAAUAAAACUAUACCGCCGGCCCCCCGCCAACACCUUUUUAACAAUAUGUAUACAUUAGGUAUAAUAUAUAUUAUUGUAUUAUGUGAAAAAUGCGCGCAAGUGAACAAUUUAAUUUAGGUAUCCAAAUACAUACCUACGAUUUAUCAUAUUUAGUGUUUCGGCCGAGUCUGCGGCGCGGAGCCGUCCGAUAUUGUGCCAUAAAAUUAAAAUCGAAAAUAAAAUCAUAAAUUAAAAAACGCACACACAACAAUUUGUAAUUCAAAUACGAAAAUGCUCGCCGCCUCUCCAAAUCGAAAUCCGUCCUACCCGCCGAAUUCCUCCUCACGACGACAUCGCCUUAUAAUACUGCAUUUCAUAUGAUAUGUGAUCGCACGUCAAUUAAAAUGUCGUAAACAUACCCUCCCGUCUGUGUACAACAUGUACUACACAACAAAAAACAACGAUAAAUUUACGAAAACACAAUACCUUCUUUGGCGGUGCAGGCCCCGGCAAACAUCCUUUAAAUAUUAUAUUAUAAUUUAUAGGGACUCGUUAUUGCAGUGUACUACGUUCGUUUUUUUGGUAGGAGGUUUAAAUUUAUAUGUUAUAUUUGUAUACGAUAACAUCGACGGUCAAACAACGCACACGCACACAGACUUACGCGCGUAAUCCGGUAAAACAAACGGAAUGAAAAAAAGAUGAAUAAAACACGAUAUUAAUAAUAAAAAAAAAAAAAAACUGGUUACCCGUCAUCCUCUCUCAUCUGGCUGACGCCGCCACAGCCGAUGCCGGGGGGGAGAGAGAGAGAGAUACUCAGAACUCAAUAAUGUGUAAAUUUAUAUUAUUAUAUUUAUAUAUAUAUAUACAUUACACGUUAUUAUGUUGUAUUCAAUUAGUGAUGUGUUUUAUUACUUUUUUUUUCCCCGAUUUUCAAACGAGAUCGUUAGACGGGGCGUGGAAGGUGUGUCUCACACGCACACACAAAACAAACCGCCUUUAAACCACAGCGAUUUGUUGUCAAACACGGCGAUUGUUAACCCGUGUAAGUGAUGGGUACCGUCUCGUAUCACCUGUUCGCUCAUUAUUAUAUUUUCGGCAUUUCCUCUAAGACAAAAGUCCUCUUACGCGCCGGUACGCGUCAGCUAUCUGUUUUUCUCGCUGGCGAGAAGCUACAAUGAACCGGACGUUUUCCGUCGUAGGUUCAGGAAGAUAAAAACGCGCUUUGGGCCUCGUGUGAUCAGUGUUAUCAUUUUAUGUUCCGAUAAAAUUACUCGGAGAAAUACCCGACCGGAUCUGGCCCUGUGUUGACCGAGUCGCCUCUUACACUAUAUCAUAUAAUUAUACUAUUUACUGUUUAUUAUCGUUCAUUUAUUUCCAUCAUUAUCCAAAACUACCUGUACCCAUAUUCUCGUAUUAUCUACAACGACGACGAUCGUAAUUUUUUUUCUUUCGCACCGUUUACACGAGUGAGCAUAAUAUACUGUACGUCAAAAUAAUAACAUUAUUAUAUGAAUAAUUAUGACGUAUUUAGUGGUAUCGCCCAAAUAAUAAUAAUGACAUUAAAAGUUUUAAUAGAGAGCAUAAUAUAAUAUUAUUUUACGUAAGUUGUCGACUCUCCGUCGGCACACAGCGGAGGACAAUAUUAUAGUAUGUAAACUGCAAGCGUUUCAAAUUGUUUUCGUUUUUCCUUUCUAUUUUUACCAUUAUUGUUAUUAAAUUAUAUUUUUAAGGCUGGAGUAAUAAUAUCGUCGACGAUUUUUGGUUAUCUCUGCGCUUAUCGACAAUAAUGUUCACGUCUAAUUCCGUAACAUACUGCAGCGGGCGUAUUAUAUAUGAACUCGGUACCAGCGAUUUUAAGCACCGCGCGUUGCCGCUGUACGAAAAUCGCUAUUACCGUGCGUUCAUAUAUAAAUGCGUCAGUAAGUAUAUUAUGGCGUUAAAAUUUCAAUAUUAUUGUUGAUAGGUAGGUAUGGAUACACGAAAACCGCUUCUAAAAGUACUCGCCGCACCUCCCUCGGAGGUCCUAACCACCCGUCAUGCUGUGCAAGACCAUUAUUAAUUUUUUUUUCCUGUUUUUCUGAUUUAUACGAUUCCGUCUAACCCGUUGUUGUUAUUCUUUUUUUCUUUUUCUGUUUCCGCCCUGAACGUGUAGACGUUAAGUAUAUCGUUGUCUUCGUAAUAGGUAUAACGAUAUACUUAAAGUCCACGGUUCAGUCAAUUGAACGAUAUGCUCGAUGUGAGAAAUCACUCGCGGGCUGAUAGUGUAAUUGGGCGCGGAGAACGGAAAAAGAAAAAAACAAUUCAAAACAAACACACAAUAAUAUAACUUAAUAAUAGAUAGGUAGGUAUACGGCAGUAAUACCUAACGCAAAAUUAUGACGUGCGAUCGAUAGAAUCCCAACAUAAUAAUAAUGUGACGCGAUCCUGUGUUUCUUUGUGUUUUUCAUUGAGUUUUUAUGAUAAUCGCGUACACGUCCACCGUGCCGACGUUUAUUUAAAUUUUUUCCAUAGUUGUAUUUUUACUCUGUUUACAAUAAUUUAGUGUGAUGUAUGAUUAUUAAUUUGACUUGAACGUCUUUCGUUCUUAUAUUAUUAUACUCUUUGGCUGUGAGUCGUGAAGUUUCCUAUCUUUUUGAUUUCCUGACCAACAAUCCCCACUAAAUGAAACAACUGUAUGUGUGUGUGAUUUUUUUUUUUAAUCAUUUUAAUGUGUAUAUUUACAUUUUUCCUUCUAUACACACCGAUAAACCCCAAUUACAUAAUAUGUUUCUUGCCAUUUACGACGAACCGAGUUGU